AUUGUAUUUUUUUUUCUCUCACUUCGUUGCACUAGUCUACAGCCUCACCACCGAUCGACGGCGUGGCUGGAGCACCACAAGGAUAAAAAAUAUUAAAAACAUCUCCAACUCAAACCGCAAAUAAAAUGUCGAAACGAUAAAAUUUCUCAAAUGUUCGAGGGCUCAUCCUCUGGAACAGCACAACAACCUGUCGUCAGCUGUUGGCAAUACUCCCAAAGUAGAGGAAAAGGGAUUUAUUUCGAUGUCGUAACGACCCGCGAACGGAAUAAAAGAGGAAUUAUUUUUCAACAAUUGGCCAUUGCGAGUGCGUCAAUUGUAUUUUUAGUUUAGGUUAUUUGGGUCACGUAACGAAUGUAACGAAUACAUUUCUGGGUCAAACCAUUGAUUAUUGAGAAUGGACGAGGCACCGAAAUUGUACGGGAGGAGACGGAGCAUCGUGAGGAGGAUCGGUUCUUUCCUUCCACUUAAACCACCUCCGAAAAUAUAUGUGAGCGUGACUGCUCUCCACUCUAUGUCCAGUUCGAUGAUCAAUGAAGAGAGUAAUGGGGAGGCUGGGAGCCCCAAUGAUUUUGGGGAAGGCAGGCUGUCCGGCAGUAAACCAGACCUUUUAGAGCCAAUUAGUUUCGGCUCGGAGGUGCGUCUCUUGGCCCUAGAGCAGGAGCUCCAAGAAUUGAGAACGCAAGUUUCACAGAUUGUGAAAACCUCCAACUACAGCAAGACCCACCAUUCGUCGAUGGCUUCAUUAUCAAACGGAAACACGACAACCCAUCAACCACCACCUCAGCCACCACCCCUUCCCCCACCUACAACCCCACACAUUGCGAGACGAUCGAGUCUUCAGGAUCACAAAUUGGAGGACAGGAAGAAGCCCCUGGUAGUGCAAAAAUCAAUGGGAGACAUGCUUAAAGAUCUCGACAAAGUUAAAUUAAAACCUAUCGAAAGAUCCCCUGGAGGUCGUCCCCUACGCCCAAAAAGGGAAAAUAGCCCGUGCAAUGAUCUUCAGGAGAUCCUUCGUAGGAGAUAUGUUGCCAUGAGACAGACACCAGACAGCAGAAACUCGUCCACCUUGACUAUUGAUGACUCCUUCUGAAAUUAGAGGAGAAUUUAAUACGACAAUUUGGUAUCAGAAAGUACUUGAGGAUUUAUUUUUAUCAGGGAGAUACCUCGAGCAUUCCUGGGACCUGAGAGGUCUCUAGUUUAUCACAUAUUUCACAGAUGCAGAUACAUAGCGAGUCAAUGCCAAAGUGGUGAAACGUAACACGAGAAAUUAUAAAAUAAAACUCAUUGAAUGGGAUUUUUGAGUAAGAAAUACAUUUGGGGAAAAAGUGGGGUUAAGGAGAUAGGCUCAGAGGAUUUGCCGCGCUUCACCACUUUGAUGUUGAACUAGAUUAGAAUGUUCAUAGGAAAUUCGACCAUAGAAUCAACAGCUCCUCCCCCUGAGCUAGUCCUAGUAUUGUACAUUGUCUCGCCAUUACGAUCAUUGUAGAUAAUCGACAAGUUAAAUUGUGAAGCUCAGCCCCCAUUUUCUUCGAUCAUGAUUAAUUUGCGGGGUAAAAUAUGCAAUCCCUCAGAGCUUAUGAACCCUUCCCUCGAACUUAGGCGGUUAAUAAUAGUUAGGAUCUCAACAUCGACUUCAUUUUUUUUUGUAAUUGGAAGAAUAACUUCCGAUGUUGUGAGGAGUCUCAAGCAAUGAAAGAGAGAUGUGAACUCUAACACUUGCAUACGAAAAAUUCACGUGAUAUUCAAUUAACACAUUCGUAUGAUUCAUACAUAUUUUAAUUGAGCAAUUUAAUUUGAAUAAUUUUUUUCUUUCAUCUUAAAACAAUUGGAAAUCUCUGCGAUGCUCAGUGCAGACUGAUCACGUCCUUCAAUUAGUUAAUUAGGAAAUAAUUGAUAAAUAUAACAUGUACAGAGGUGUUUUAUACGAUGAGGCUUUUACCAACAAAUACGAUAAUAAAACGUUAUUGUUACGUAAUACAAAAAGAA